AUGGCUAAGGGUCUAAGAUCAAGCCGAAACAAGGCAAACAAAUCAAAGCUGCGAUCCAAUGUCUUUGGACCCGCGGAAAGUGCAAGGAAGGAGCGGUUGUCAGCCAAACUGAUUGAGCUCGCCUCAAAGAUCCAGUCAAAUCCUGAGGAGGACCUGAAGAUGGUGGAUAGAGAAAAAGUGACAGAGCAGGAGAUCGCUAAGGAACCAGAGGCACACGUCCCUGCAAGCGAAGAGGAGAUGGAUAACGAUCAAGCAAAACAACCCAGCUCUACAACGGAGUUGGUAUCCAGAAGCACUAGCCGGGUACAGAAACGAGGACGAGGCAAAGCAAGAGCUUCGAUGGUUUUUCCUAUCUACAAAAAAGGAAAGAGGGUUGGACCACGCUUGAGCGCGAGGGACAGAAAGAAAAGUCUAAGACCUUGA